UCCGAUCCGAGAAAGAGAUGGCAGAAACCGCUCCAGCCCCGGCUGCUGCCGCCCCGGCCAAAGCGCCCAAGAAGAAGUCAGCUGCAAAAGCCAAGAAAGCAGGUCCAGGCGUCGGUGAGCUCAUCGUCAAAGCUGUGUCCGCAUCCAAGGAGAGGAGCGGCGUGUCCCUCGCCGCCCUGAAGAAAGCUAUCGCCGCCAGCGGUUACGACGUAGAGAAGAACAACUCCCGCGUCAAGAUCGCCAUCAAGAGCCUGGUGACUAAAGGCACAUUGGUGCAGGUCAAAGGGACCGGCGCUUCGGGCUCAUUCAAGCUCAACAAGCAGAAAGCCGAGACCAAGAAGAAGCCGGCCAAGAAAGCGGCUCCUAAAGCGAAGAAGCCCGCGGCAAAGAAACCCGCUGCUGCCAAGAAGCCCAAGAGCGCAGCGGCAAAGAAGCCCGCCGCCAAGAAAUCGCCCAAGAAGGCCAAGAAACCCGCCGCCACAGCCGCUAAGAAGGCGACGAAGAGCCCCAAGAAGGCAAAGAAACCAGCAGCCGCUAAGAAAGCAGCAGCCAAGAGCCCCAAAAAGGCCAAGGCAGCUAAACCUAAGGCGGCAAAGCCUAAAGCCGCCAAGCCUAAAAAGGCAGCGCCCAAAAAGAAAUAAAGUUUUCACUGUUUCUCCUCAACGGCUCUUUUAAGAGCCACCCACUAACUCAAAGAAGAGCAAAACUCUGAUGUUAAUGAUUUUAUCUACAAUUUUAAUGAUUAUGGAAGUAAAUUAUUUGAAAAGCUUAGUGUUUGUUAACAUGCGUGUUCCUGGCGCAGUAUUUAAAUCACAAAAGGCAGUGAUAUUGUUCAAUGCUUGAUUGAUAAAACACUUAACGUAGUUUAAUGUACUGCGUAGUUUUAAAAACUAAAGUAUACAGUUAUACACCUACAAGUGGACCAGCCCUGAGAUUUCGUGUUAAAGCUUAUACAAAACUGGUAAAACAAAAUAAUGAUGAUGGGCCUCGUUUACCCUUCCAGAUGGAUGUGAAAAAAUUUUGUUUCACAGACAAAGCUUGUUUCUCUCUCUAGUGAACAUUUAUAAAAGCU